AGCUCCAUCACAAAUAAGGAAAAAAGGACUUAACCGGAGAGUCAAAUCCUCUCCCGGCAGGUGUCCCCGAAGAAGUUGAAAACUGGAGAAAAUGGCAGCGGCAGCUGCUUCCCAUUCUCUGCUCUGCACCUCCUCGCUCUCCAACUCCUCCUCUUCCCUCUCUCGCUCCCGCGGCCACCUCCCCAAGCCCUCGAAAUCCAUCCUCGCCUUCCACAAGGCCUCCGUCGUCGUCUCCUUCCUCCGCCCAGCUCCUCCACGACUGUGGAACUCCUCCGAUUCCACUCGGAGCACCCUCCCCCUCGCAGCCAAGAACCGACCUCUCGCUUCGGCUCUCGACUCCGUCCUCCUCGUCUGCACCUCGAUCGCCCUCUCCGUCUCCCUCUUCGUCGCCGACGUCGACCCCGCCUCCGCCUUCGUCGUCACCCCCCAGAGGAAGCUCCAGACCGACGAGCUCGCCACCGUCCGCCUCUUCCAGGACAACACUCCCUCCGUCGUCUACAUCACCAACCUCGCCGUCAAGCAGGACGCAUUCACCUUGGACGUGUUGGAAGUGCCGCAAGGGUCGGGUUCUGGGUUCGUGUGGGACAAGGAGGGUCACGUUGUGACCAACUAUCACGUGAUUCGCGGCGCUUCUGAUCUCAAGGUCACACUUGCGGAUCAGUCAACAUACGAUGCAAACGUUGUUGGAUUUGACCAGGACAAGGAUGUUGCGGUGUUGCGCGUCAAUGCACCAAAGGACAAACUUAGACCAAUCCCAAUUGGUAUCUCUGCAGACUUGCUUGUCGGUCAGAAAGUGUUUGCAAUUGGCAACCCUUUUGGACUCGACCAUACUCUCACCACUGGUGUUAUAAGUGGCCUUCGCAGAGAAAUCAGUUCUGCUGCCACCGGGCGCCCAAUACAGGAUGUCAUACAGACAGAUGCUGCAAUCAAUCCUGGUAAUAGUGGGGGGCCACUACUAGACAGUUCGGGAAAUCUGAUUGGAAUUAACACAGCAAUAUACUCUCCAUCUGGUGCUUCAUCAGGUGUUGGAUUUUCAAUUCCUGUUGACACUGUAGGUGGAAUUGUUGAUCAGCUUGUGAAGUUUGGCAAAGUCACAAGACCAAUUCUGGGUAUUAAGUUUGCACCCGAUCAAUCUGUGGAGCAGUUAGGAGUAAGUGGGGUGCUUGUGCUAGAUGCCCCUGCCAAUGGACCAGCUGGCAAAGCGGGUCUACUACCAACCAAACGUGAUUCCUAUGGUAGGCUUAUUUUGGGUGACAUCAUAACAUCCGUCAAUGGAAAAAAAGUCAUUAAUGGCAGUGAUUUGUACAGAAUUCUUGAUCAGUGUAAAGUGGGUGAUACGGUGACCGUGGAAGUUUUGCGUGGUGAUCACAAAGAGAAGAUCCCUGUUGUCCUUGAACCAAAGCCAGACGAGUCAUGAUAAGCCAAAUGGUUAGAGAUUGCAGUUUUGUGCUCUACAUUUAAGGAGGAAACACCAUUAUUUUUGUGCACCUGCCCUUUUCUAUGGUUAAGUCUUGUUGUACAUAUUCCUUUUUAGUGCUGAAUGCCGCCUAAAAUUUGUAAAAUCUAACGUAACACCAAAAUGCGACUCUGACAUUUUAUACAGCUGAUGCUAA